UCCAAAUGAAAUUCCUCUUUUAUUUUUACAUGUUUUAUUCUAUACUGAAACAAUUUUCAAAUAUAACGGUGUUCAGGUUGUCUGAUCAACAUUUCAUGUGGUAUAUAAAUAUUAAAAGUUACUACCUAUUUUCAGACUAACCUUUUAGAAUGCCAAGAAAGAAAAAGUCUACAGAUCAAAGAAUAAAGGAAAGGAGAAAGCUUGCAAAGGAGGAAAAAAAUGAUCCAAAACCUUCCACAAAUAAUCAGUUGAGAUCAACAGAUUGUGAUAAAACUUUCGAGUUAUCCAAACCUGGUGUGCCUUCAAAAACUAAAGAUGCACCAGAACUUUCUGCUAAUGCUGAAGAUGAUCUGAAGUGUGAACAUGGUGAAAGAUGGAAGAACGAUACUUCAAAACCAUCUACUAGUCAAUCAACAGAUAAUGCAAAAACAUUAUAUUCAGUACCCCCUGCCAGUUUUAAAACAAAACAUCAAAAUGAAAUUAAAGAAGAACAAUAUGCUUUUAUUGAAAGAGAAAUAAUGAAACAGAGACAAUGGAAACUUCAAAUGAUGAAAAAUGACAAUGAUAUGGGUAAUUUACAUGAAAUGCCAUCAAGGAAAGGAGUUAAAAGGAAGUUAUCUGAUAAAAAUAAUGAUUCACAGCAAGGUUCUGACAUCCCGAUCUGUAAUGUGAAGAAGGGUUCAUCUUUUAUUCCUUGUAAUGUGAGAGUAGCCAAUUGGAGAAAAACUUUCCCUGAAGCUAAAAAAACUGCUUUAAAAUUAAAAGAAAAGGAACGAAAAGCAAACAAAAGGAAAUAUCUUGAUGAAAAUGAAAAAGCUGAAAUGAUUGAGAAAGACAAAAAACGAAAGCAAGAGAAAAGGAAAGUGCUUGAUGAAGAGGCCAAAAUGAAUAUUAAACAGAAAGACAAAGAACAAAAGCAAGAAAAAAGGAAAGCACUUGAUGAAGAGGCCAAAUUGAAAAUUAAACAGAAAGACAAAGAACAAAAGCAAGAGAAAAGGAAAAUGCUCGAUGAAGAGGCCAAAUUAAAAAUUAAAGAGAAAGAGAAAAAACAAAAGCAAGAGAAAAGGAAAAUGCUUGAUGAAGAGGCCAAAAUAAGAUUAAAACAGAAAGACAAAGAACAAAAGCAAGAGAAAAGGAAAGUGCUUGAUGAAAAGGCCAAAAUGAAAAUUAAACAGAAAGACAAAGAACAAAAGCAAGAGAAAAGGAAAGUGCUUGAUGAAGAGGCCAAAUUGAAAAUUAAACAGAAAGACAAAGAACAAAAGCAAGAGAAAGGGAAAGUGCUUGAUGAAGAGGCCAAAAUAAGAUUAAAACAGAAAAACAAAGAACAAAAGCAAGAGAAAAGGAAAGUGCUUGAUGAAGAGGCCAAAAUAAGAUUAAAACAGAAAGACAAAGAACAAAAGCAAGAGAAAAGGAAAGCACUUGAUGAAGAGGCCAAAAUAAGAUUAAAACAGAAAGACAAAGAACAAAAGCAGGAGAAAAGGAAAGUGCUUGAUGAAGAGGCCAAAAUAAGAUUAAAACAGAAAAACAAAGAACAAAAGCAAGAAAAAAGGAAAGUGCUUGAUGAAGAGGCCAAAAUAAGAUUAAAACAGAAAAACAAAGAACAAAAGCAAGAGAAAAGGAAAGUGCUUGAUAAAGAGGCCAAAAUAAGAUUAAAACAGAAAGACAAAGAACAAAAGCAAGAGAAAAGGAAAGUGCUUGAUGAAGAGGCCAAAUUGAAAAUUAAACAGAAAGACAAAGAACAAAAGGAAGAAAAACGAAAAACACUUGAUGAAGAGGCAAAAUCUAACACGCGAAAGAAAACCAGAAAUCAAAUGAAGGAACAAAGAGCAGCAAGAACAUCUGAAGCUGACAGCGCAAUACAAACCUUUCUUCAGAUGAUCAAACAAGGACCAGCAUAUAUCUGCUCUGUUUGCCAUAGACUAAUGUACAGAGAAUGUGUUGUUUUGUACAAUGAAAAUGUGUUUACUAUGUGUGACAAAGAAUUGUUAGAAACAUGCAAUACGAAUAAAAAAAGUAUUGAUGGGGAACAGUACAUUUGCACCACCUGCUCAUGGAAUUUGAAACGUAAUAUGAUGCCAGUGCAGGCUGUGACAAAUUCAUUAUCUCUUGAUGAUAUACCAGAAACCUUAAAAGAUUUGUCAACAUUAGAAUCAACCUUAAUAAGCAAAAGGAUUCCUUUUAUGAAAAUCCUUGCUCUGCCCCGUGGUAAGCAGAAGGCAGUACAUGGAUGCGUUGUAAAUGUGCCAGUAAAUCCAGAGGAAACCUGUUCCAUAUUGCCUCGUCUUCCAUCAUCUUCCUCAUGUAUAACAGUUAAACUGAAACGUAAGAUAGAGUAUAGAGGUCAUGUUAUUGUUCAGUCAAUAAGACCAUUGAAAAUUAUGGAAUCCUUACAACAUCUUAAGAAUGAACAGAAGAAUCCUCAUUAUCAGGAUAUCAUAAUCAAUGAUAACUGGCCGGAAGACAGCAGUGAAGAUAAUCCACAACUAUGGGAGGCUCUUACAAGCAGUAGUCCAUCAAACAAUGGUAGUGCACUACACGUUCUACCUACUGCAUCCAUUGAGACAGAUCAGCCAUCAGAACCAGGACAGGAAUCAGACAAUGAAGAAAGUGACAAUGAAAUAGAAGAUCGAUCAGAAGUUAAUGGUUUACCUUUUGAUUCUUGUUUGCAACCAAGAGACAUUAGUGCAGACAAAGACUUUUUAUUAAAUUUAGCACCAGGAGAAGGUAAAAAGCCAAUAGGGCUAUUUUCAGAUAAACAUAGCGAAGAAAUGGCCUUUCCUACAUUAUUUCCUAAGGGAAAUUUUGGAUUUGAUAGUCAGCGUGAGAGACCAAUUUCAUUAGUAAAAUACUUCAAUCAGAGAAUUCUCAAUUGUGACAACCGUUUUGCAGCCUCCACAGAGUAUUUGUUUUAUGCUCAAUAUCGAACUGAAGCGAAAAAAGUUGCUGACUGUCUGAGUAUUGCGAUGAGAAAAUGUAAAGGACAACAUCAGGUGGAGAAAAUAACAGCAGGCCAAAUAAAGAAUGCUGAAGAAAUGAGACGGUUAACCCGAUCUGACCUUAGCUACCAUUUCCUCCAAAAUGUUCGUGGAUCACCAGCCUUCUUUAACAAAUUAUUGUAUGAUCUUUUAGGAAUGAUAAGACAACUUGGAAGCUGUACAUGGUUCCUGACAUUGUCCUCUGCUGACAUGAAGUGGAAAGACACAAUUCAAGUAAUAGCUGCACAACAUAAUCAGAAACUGUCAGACGAACAAGUAGAAAACAUGACUUGGGAACAAAAAAGCACUUGGUUACGUACUAAUCCUGUUACAGCUGCUAGGCAUUUCGAUCAUAGGCUUCAGCUCUUUAUGUCAACACUAGUUCUUGGAAAGUCAAAACCCAUAGGAGAAAUACAAGAUUUUAAAUACAGAAUAGAAUUCCAGCAAAGGGGUUCACCCCACUGCCAUAUGCUACUAUGGGUUAAAAAUGCACCCUCAAUAUCACAAAAUUCACCUGAAGAUGUAGCUGCCUUCAUUGACCAAUAUGUUGGAUGUACAAUUCCACAAGAUAAUCAUCUUGCAUCUCUGAUUCAAAGUGUUCAACGCCAUAUUCACUCUUUUACAUGCAAAACCCAUGGAACAAGAUGCCGAUUCAGCUUUCCAAAACCACCUGUUCAUAAAACUACAGUAGUGCUUCCACCAGAGGAUAUACCAAACAAAGGAACGCAGACAGUCUACACAGAGUUGUUGACAGCAGUUAUGGGUAAAGUGGAAGAUGUACAACAUGACCCAGAAGUAACACUAGAAACUCUGUUAGGAGAACUUGAAAUCCCUGAAGCUAUGUAUAUGAAAGCAUUAUCGUGGAUAAAAACAAAGCAAGGCCAGCCUGCUGUACUGUACAGACGCAAUCCAUCUGACUGCCUUAUUAACAAUUACAGCCCAACCCUGAUGAAAGCUUGGCAGGCGAACCUUGACCUUCAGUUUGUCACUAAUGUUUAUGCCUGUAUAAUGUAUGUGGCUUCAUAUGUUAGCAAACCAGAGAAAACAUUGGGUGAUGUCUUAAAGUCUGUUAGUAAGAAUUCGGCACCAGCUGGUCCAAAGAAGAUGAUGGAGACUGUAUCUAAGAAGUUCCUUUCCCAUCGUGAGGUCAGCGCCCAAGAGGCAGUGUACCGAUUAUUGCCAUUACCACUCACUAAAGGGUCACGGCAGGUCAUUUUCCUCCAUACAGAUUUAGCUGAGAAUAGGACAAAACUUUUGAAACCCAUGAAAGUUAUACAGGAGCUUGAUGAUGAUGAUGAAAACUUAUAUCAGGAAGGCAUGCUGGAAAAAUAUCAACUUAGACCCGAUUGUUUGGAACACAUUUGCUUUGCAGAUUUUGCAGCAAACUAUUCAUAUGCUCGGAAAACAAAUACCAACUCAGAUCCCGACCUGCUAGAUGAAGAAUCACUUGAUCCAGCCACUGUAAUCAACAAUCUUCCUAAAACCAUAAAGUUGAAAAAUAAAUCUACAAUUAUGACUAUUCGUUCAAGACCAGUCAUUAUCAGAUCUCAUCAGUUCUCCAUCUUGAAACAGCCCGAGCAGUACUAUCACUCCAAACUGUUACUUUAUAAACCAUGGAGAGAUGAAAGCAAUGACCUGUUGGAUGGAGAUGGUACAUAUAAAACAAAAUACUUCAAUUGUAGACCAACCUUCUCUGACAGAAUGAACUAUUAUGAACCAAACAAUGAAGAGUACACACAAGCUGUUGAAGAACUACAAGAAAAUGGGCCUCCUGAGGAUGCCUGGGCACUACUAGUUCCAGAAACAGAACAACAGGAGAGAGCUGAUAGAUAUUUGGGAGCACAACAAGAUCCAGAGUUUGAAUUCAUUGUUCCUGUACAUGGAAAUGAAACAUCAGAUCUUGGGUUGACUAAUUAUCAGUAUGAACUGGACAGUAGGAAGAUAUCAACUCAGCAGUGGCUUAGUAUGACAGUGUCUCUCAAUACUGAACAGCAAGAAAUCCACCAGUUCAUUGUUGAAUGGUGCAUAGAAAUGUCAAUGACUUAUAAAACAGGGAAACGUCCAAAGCCAUUUUAUGUCUUCAUUUCUGGAGGGGCAGGUACUGGCAAAUCGCAUUUAAUCAGAACCAUAGUGCAGACUGCAAACAAAUUGUUACGUGUUGGGCAAGGAGAAGAUGAUAUUGUUGUUAUGGUUAGUGCUUUCACUGGUGUGGCUGCUUUCAACAUAGAAGGCCAUAUUCUGCAUUCAGUUUACCAGUUAAUCAGUCCAAGCGUGAUGACUAUAUCAGACUAUCGGGAGAACAACUGUCUAGUAUGCGAGCAAAACUAG